CAGGGCAAAGAGCCUGGAACAGCCUAGAGGUCCAGCUAUCCCACAUCCCGGACACAGCUUGUGAAGGGAGCUUAGUGGGGUGUUGGGUGCUGGAGGAGAGUGUGUUCACCCCUGCCCGGCCUCUCUGCUCGCUCUCAGGGUGCUGUCACAGCCUAGCAGUCCCUUGAGCCCCCAGCACAGCUCCGAUGAGAAGCAGAAGAAAAUCCAUUUGGUUUGCGGGGGGUGGGGAGGAAUCUCCCUCUUCUUCCAGCCUCGCGGGAGCAAAAGACGGUCAGGGUGAGCCUGCCCCUCCCUGCAGUGCUGCAAGUUCAGGCAGGGAACCGGGACAUGAGCUGGCUGAGACCCCGGAUCUGGGAGGGUCCAGAGCAGGCCUGACAUCUCCCUUCUGCCAGGCAGGCCCAUCCCUAGGGACCUCCAGCCGCCCAGCAGGCUGCCAGCGUUUCCUGGAAAACCCGUGUGAGUCAGCAGCUACGUGAGGCACCUGGAUAUGCUCCUGCAGCUAGGUAAGCCUGGGCUUGAGGCCAGGGAAGAGAGAGCACCAAGAGGUCCUGCUUGCUAAGGGAGCAGCCGAGAAAGCCUGGCAUUGUGUUCCCCAUGGGAACAAUGCUCAUUAUUUGCCUUUGCAUGGUGGGUAGCUGUCCUGCCCGCUGGCAGAUAGACGGUUUGGAUUGCACGGAAAUGAUCUGGUUCAGCCAUGGCAAACCAAGCCAGCUAUUGACACAAGCCUGUGGGUGUCUCGUCUGGUGCCCAUCAGGGCCAGACCCAGCACCUGACGUUGCAGGGAGGCAGGAGAGGGCAUGCCUCGCAAGCAAGGGCAGGAAGGGGAUUUCGGGGGAAGUCUCACAGCAAGGAGACAUGGGGGCAGGAAUCUAGGGUCCUCAGCUGUCCUCUGACACAGAACAAGGUUUGCUGCAAAUCUUGCAAAGGCUCCUGGUCAAAGUGACCUGCAUGUGUGAGGGAAGCAAUGAACUCACCAACCUUUACCCAGCAGCGGGAGCAGAACACACGUUCUUGCCGUACUGUCCCUAAAGUCCCAUACAAGGAGUGCUGUUUAAAGCCAUGGUCAUCCCUGGAUGUCACUUAAACCCCACAGGCUGUUUUUUUCCUCCUCUUUGGUUUAUAACCCUCCAAGAAGGCACAAUGCAGCUUGCAGGAUCAUUCAGCGGCGUGCCAUGGCAGUGGGUCGCUUUUUCUGGCUCCCGUUCCUUCUCGGGAAUGCAGAGGGGGCAGGUCGAUGCCAAAUUUUCCUGUGUUACCCAAAAAGGCAGGGAUUGCCCAGACACCCUGGGGAACAUUUUAUCUCUGGGCAUGUCCGGCCUGGCUGGCAGGGGUCCCUGGAGAGACGGUGCCUGGGGGCCUCUGGUGCUCCUGCCACCCCUCGGACACGACCAGGGCGCUGAGUCCCACGAUGAGGCACACGUCACUCUGCUUUUGCUUGCUCUGUGCAUUAUUUCUAGUAACAAUCGUUUCCAACACCAGUCCCCCUCCAGUCCUGCCCUGGAAGCUGCUGACUCAAGUCUGUCCAGAAACGGUUAAACGGCUGCUUCUGCAGAAACAUUUUCCUCCCUUUCACUAAAAUCACGCAAACACGUCAGGAAGCACGUGAGGAACAGCCAGUGCGGACGCACCGUGUGGAGUCUCCUUUCGGAGGAGCAGAAACGCAGUUUGGUGUCGCUGGUGGCGUGCGGCUCCUCUGCAGUCUGCCCCGGGGCCCACAGGCCCUGCUCACGCCCUGGUGGUAUCUGCGUGGCUGCUCCGCUGCCAGCCAGCCCAGCGCAACUUCAAGCACCUCGUUACCAUACUAUUCCUUCAUAGGCUGAUGCCAACACUGCUAAAUAAUCACGUGUGCGUCUGAGCACAGCUGGACUGGACCAGGCCCCAGGCGAGGCACCCUGCAUUCAAGGGGAGCUGGUGCCAGGGCACGGAGCGUAGUAGUUAGCAGAAAUGGCAGUUUGUUAGGUCUGGUUCGUUACGGUUCACCUGAUAGUUGGGCAUCAGCAUUCAGCCUGGGAGAAGGCUGAAAUUCUCCUGCUUCCCUGUGACUCCAGGAGUUCCUUUUUGCGGAGGGGAUAUUUUUCAGCAGAGCACUUUUCCCCCGGAAAGCGCGGACUCUGCAAUCGCAAAGUGCGGCAGUGCUAUCUCCAGUCCGUUUAGCCUUUUGGCAGAAGCAAGCCUGAACUCCUGCUUUCUUCUUUCCUCCCUUUCAGGUCUCCUCAAGACAACCUGAACUCCUACUGUGCCAGUUCCCAGGGCUGCCCCAUGCCCCGGCACUCUCUAAGCAAGCUUUUCUGAAUAUUUCCACAUGCAGGAAAUUUUCUUUUCCUUUUUACUCUUUCACUUGAUUCAAGUUACAAUUUGCUCUUCUUCCUCUUUGCCAAAGAUCAACAUCUUUCAGUGGAAGGAAAUAAGAGUUCCUCACCAACUCUCUGAAGUGACUCCUGACACUUAUUUUGAGAGUUUUCCUGGGUUUUAAAUGAUCUACAGGCCUUUCAUUUGCACUCUGAACAGAGCAGCUUAGUUUGGUGGGGCUCUCAGAAGCUGCUUGUGUUCUCCCAUGGGUUUCUUGGAGCAAAAAAGGCCCAUCAUGUCUCUCGAGUGAGGAAUAAUGCAGGCUUUGCCAGGAACCCUCAGAAAUGCUCUGCAGGCAGCUGCCAAGUGUGGGGUGGGGGAGAGCUCAGCCCUAGAGGGGGUUUCCGUGAGGUCCCCAUUGCCUGAGCUUCUUUGAGCACUCUAUGCUGGGCUAUACCCCUGAGGUGUCAAAGUCCCAGUGCUCAUGCUGGCUGAAGCUACAUGAGUCGCUGUUGGUGUCCUCUAACGGCUCACAGAUGCUGAAGGGAGAUGUCCUCUCCCUCCAAUUUCAUCCCUUUCCCUUCCUUUCUAAGCACCACAUUCCAGCUGCUUCCCUCGACUGCUUGCUUCUGUCCCUGGCCAGUGGGUGGAAAACAGCCAGGAAAAGGUUAGUGCCAAGUGAGUGAGUUAAACUGGCUCAACAAGCAGUCAGAGGGGCAGGAUCAUAGGCCAGAACUAGGCAUGGUAGCAGCAGGAUGGAAGGGCUUCACUAUCUGCUUAUCGUAUACACAUUUGCCUCUCACUUUUCCCCUCUCCUUUCUCCCACUUGAAAAUGCAGAGCACAGUUUAAAAGCCAAGAUCUUGAUAUUAAGACUGCUGUUUGUAUAGCAUUGAUUUUAUCUAAAUAUUAGCCCUAGUUUGAUCAAGUGGUUGGACCAAGUGAUCUCCACAUGUUCCUUCCUCACUGAACUGUUCCAUGAUCCCCCAAGCAUUUCCUAGUCCGGUAUAAAGGCUGAGCAUAACUACCCGAUACAAAGAUGCUCUGGUUAUCUCAAAGCCUCCUAGCAUACUCUUUGUGUCUUUGCUUGGUAGAGAAGAGCCGAUCAUGAAUUCCUCAUGCCCAGAAAAUGUCCAAUUGCCCUUGACAUGAGCAGCUCCAUGAGGAUCACUGUAGCUUUGAGGGAGCUGGGACAGGGACAAAUUUUGGCAGCUGAAUACAGAGCUUGUCUUGGGAAACUGGCACCCCUCUCUCCCCAUGCCACUGUGUACCCCAGCUACCCCACCGAACAAGGCCCUCGGUGGAUCUUGUAGAGCUGGUUGUUUUCAGGAAAAAAGGUAAAAAAAAAAAAAACCCUGGGGUCAGCCUCACAGCAAAGUCAACACUUCACCUUCACCAGACAAGGGACUGAGCCCAGCCAAGGUCAGGGCAGAGGGAUUCGAGCCCUGGCUCAGCCUCUCCUCAGCCCUCCUUUCUGCCCACCUCUGUCCUGACCUUCCCAUCAGAUGGGCUGCAUUGCACAACGGGCUCAAAGGCUGCAGGGCCUUAGAGACGCGAGCUGCACCCUCCUUCUCAGGACAGCACUUUCCACGUGUGCAAACUAAGGGUGACGCCACUGAAGACCCUUUGCAGGGUAGUUUAAGAUCCAAUGGGGAAAGUGUUAUGUCAGAGCACAAGCCAUCUCCUGUCCAGGCCAAGACCGACUUUGUUUCAGUUUAAACUGGAAAGAUAUAAGUGGUACGGUGGCAGGCACAGUUUGCAGUGUGGCCGUUAGUCUGGAGCCAUCACUACUGGGGAGAGGGGAAAGGGCUGAACAUAGCGGGGCUUCAGCCUGCAUUUCCCCCUGAUUAACACUAUUGAUACACCUAAUACUGAGCUUUCCAUAGACAUCUUUGUCUUAAGCUUGACUUUCAGAGAGGCUUGCUGUCUCCAGCACCUCAUUAGAGCCCAUCAUGAUUGAUUUCUGAGCUCCCAGCAGGGAACAGGGGUGCUCCCAGCUGCUGUGAAUUCCCCUUGCUGAGAGGUGUGAUGAGCAUCACCUGGGGUAGGAGCGGCUACAGGGAGGUGCCAGCUACAAAAGGUCCCUGGGCAGCAAUGUUUCUUUGUGCUGGACUCUGGUAGGCAGGAUGAGGCCUGGAAGCAGCCUGGAGUUUGCUGUGUUCUGCUGGGUUCUUGGUGGGGUGGUUUCUUACAACCCCUGGGGCUUCUUUAGAGGGGAGUCAGAUAUACAGCAGUAUGGGGGGGAUCUUUCCUUUGGGCAGUCCCGUGCCCUCUCCCAGCCCUCCCCCUGGGCUUGGGUUGAUGUCUCUCAGCUCCAGGCUGCCUCUCCGCUGCACCCCGUGGCUGUGCAGUGCCAGGAGGCUCAGAUGGUGGUCACGGUGCACAGGGACCUCUUUGGCACGGGGCGCCUGGUGAGGGCUGCAGACCUGACCCUGGGCCCAGCUGCCUGCCAGCCUGCAUCCAUGAGUGCUGCGGACAACACGGUGACCUUUGCGGCUGGGCUCCACGAGUGCGGCAGCAUCCUCAAGCUGACCCCUGAUGCGUUAGUCUACAGCACAAACUUGAAUUACAACCCAGUCCCUACUGGCAACCUGGUCAUCAUCCGCACCAGCCCUGCUGUGGUUCCUAUCGAGUGCCACUAUCCAAGGAGGGAGAAUGUGAGCAGCAAUGCUGUCAGGCCCACGUGGGUGCCAUUCCACUCCACUCUGUCCUCGGAGGAGAGAUUGGCGUUCUCCUUGCGCCUCAUGAAGGAUGACUGGAGUGCUGAGAGACCCUCCAAUGUGUUUCAGCUGGGAGAGGUCCUCCACUUCCAAGCUGGUGUUGAUGCAGAAAACCAUGCCUCUCUGAAGCUCUUUGUGGACAGCUGUGUGGCUACCCCAACCCCAGACAGGAACUCCUUUCCCCAGUACACUCUCAUUGACUUCAGUGGAUGCCUGGUGGAUGGGCAACUGGAUGAUGCCACCUCAACUUUUAUAUCCCCAAGACCCAGGCAAGAUGUGCUUCAGUUUGUGGUAGAUGCAUUCAAGUUCACAGGAAACUCCAGUAACCUGAUCUUUAUCACCUGCCACCUGAAGGUCUCCCUGGCUGACCAAGCUCCAGACCCUUUGAACAAGGCUUGCUCCUUUGACAAAGCCAGAAGCCUCUGGACUCCUGUGGAAGGCACCGGGGAUGUCUGCUCCUGCUGUGAGGUGAGGAGCUGUGGCUUGGCUGGACACUCCAGGAGGCUUCCUGCUGCCUCCCGAAGGCAAGGAGGACGUUUCAGGAGAGAGCUGUCCUCCCAGCCUGAUCCUUUGGUGAAAGAAGCAGAUGUUGUGGUUGGACCCCUCAUCAUCCACAGCUGGCAGGAUCAUUCAGUCCUGAGGAUGUUCCCAAAAGAUCCAGAAGGGACCUCUUGGAUGGUGUUGGGGCUGGCUGCAGUUGCUGGUCUUGUUGUUCUGAUUCUUGCUGCUCUAGGAGCUCUGACUGUCUGCUGGAAAUCCAGCAACCCCAUUUAAAUCACUGUUUUCAACUUUUAUAGUCUAUCCAAUAAAAAAUAAACCUGAAGGACUGUGA